AUGGCAGCCCUGUUACACUUGGUCGCAUUUCUCAUCUUCUGGAUUACCUCCCCUUCUCAUGGCCAAGACGAGUUACCAGCGAUCAAGUUCUUUACUCUGGAGCAACAACCAAAGGAUACAUUGAUUGGUAAGAUGUCUGAUGCAGAAGUGCUGAAAACUGAUGUACCAGCUGCUGAAUUCAAUACGUUGACCUUUCAACUGUUAGACAAUGGAGACACAUCCUCCAGGGUGUCAGUGGUAGAACAAUCCGGAAAUGUUUAUCUAGCAAAAGUUCUGGAUAGGGAAGCACUAUGUGGAUAUCUGUUAAACUGUCAGUUCACUUUUGAUGUAGCGGUGCGGACUGCUUCCAACUCUUAUAUCAACAUCCUCACAGCACAAGUCACAAUACAAGAUAAGAACGACCACGUUCCUAUAUUUCCCAGCAGCUUCGUCAAUCUUCAGGUCUCCGAGAACGAUAAGGCUACAAAGUAUACUAUAGCUCCAGCGGAGGACAGAGACAUUGGAAACUUUUCGGUUCAGAGUUAUGAAAUUGUACAACCGUCUGAUAUUUUCGACCUUGAAAUUACAACAAAUCCCGAUCAAAGUGUGAGUCUGCAAGUGAUAUUGAAAAAAGAAUUGGAUCGAGAAGAACAAAAUCGUUACCAAUUUCACGUAGUGGCAAAGGACGGUGGAGAACCACCAAACUCUGGAACACUGAGUAUUGCUGUAGAGGUUCUUGAUGAAAAUGACAAUUACCCGAAGUUUUUGGAGUCUGAGUACAGCAUGUCGGUCAAAGAAAAGGCUGCAGAAGGCACUAUAGUGCUACAGGUGUUGGCUACUGACAAGGAUGUUGGUGUUAACGGGCAGAUCACUUACCGCUUCAGUCCCCAUCAACAGGGUCUGGAACAAAUUAAAGAGGUGUUUACAAUCAACACUCAAACUGGUGAAAUAAGCUUGUCCACAAUUCUGCCAGCCAAUCCUGGUAAAGUUUUCCAAUUUUACGUCGAUGCAAGUGACCAAGGUGACCAGCCUAAAGUCACCCAACAACAAGUAAUGGUGACGGUCGUGGAUGGAGGCAAUAAUCCUCCCGAACUUCUCCUCAGUUACAUUGUCACCAGUGAUAAUGGUGUCAUGAACAUUUCUGAAUCUGCCAAGAAUGCUACACCACUAGUUCAUGUCAGGGUUGAUGAUUCCGAUUCAGGUUUAAAUGGAAACGUGUCCUGUACCAUCAACGAUACAAAUUUUACUCUUCAACCUGUAGCUAGGAAAGGAUUCAUCGUCAUGACAAAUAAUCGCUUAGAUAGAGAGGUUGUUGAGCGUUACUACGUCACAGUAUUUUGUGAGGACAAGGGAUCACCGCCUCUGAGUUCUGUUGUGAACUUUACUGUUAAUGUGACAGAUGAGAAUGACAAUAUCCCAAGAUUUUCAAAAGGUGUUUAUCCAGCAACACUUGUGGAAAAUGCAGAUGAAGGAGGUGUGGUGACACAAGUAUCAGCCUCUGAUGACGAUAUCGGAAGAAAUGCUCAAAUUAGUUAUUACCUUCAUGAUGAUAGUGUUUCUAAAUUUGCCAUUAACUCUCACACUGGAGUGGUUACAGCGAAUAUGAAAUUUGAUCGGGAAGUUAAUCCCCGAAUUACAUUUCGAGUUCUGGCAGUUGAUGGUGGCAACCCUCAGCAGACAGGAACGGCAACUGUUGUUCUCUCAGUCACCGACAUCAAUGACAAUGCACCGUCUUUCAACAGCAGCAGAAUUCAGAUGAUGGUUGGGGAAAACCUUGAUCCUCUCACCAAGGUCGGAGAACUAAAAGCUGUUGACCUUGAUGAAGGAAACAAUGGCAAGGUUGUCUACUCCUUAUUAGGAAAUGUGUCCAGAGACCUGCCAUUCAUUGUGUAUCAGGAUGGAGUUGUCCGUGCUAAGGAUACUUUGGACCGAGAGGUUCAGUCUCUGUAUACCUUUCAUGUUCUUGCUCGAGAUCAAGGAGAAACUCCACUAGAAACAAACAUUUCUGUGACUGUGCUUGUGACUGACGAUAAUGACAACAGUCCAGUAUUUGUUUUUCCCAACGAUAGCAAUGACACAGUUUCCAUUGGGUACUUGACAGAAACACCAUCUUGGGUAACGAAAAUAAGUGCCGAUGACAGGGAUUCAGAACAGAACAAGGCUAUUGUGUACAGUAUUCGUCAUGGAAAUGACCUUCAGCUGUUUUCAAUUGACCCCUAUAGUGGAGACAUUUACCUUCUCAAUACUCGCAUGAUUUCGGAGGAUACAGUGAUACGCCUGACUGUUUCGGCAGAGGAUAAUGGAAAUCCACGACGGGUUAGCACACAUUCAUUACACGUAAUCCUUGUUUACACCAACGCAACAUCCCUCCUUUCAACGACAGAAAACAGCAGCAACAAAUACAUCAUUAUCUCAGCUGUGGUGGUCGUCCUCACCGUCAUUCUGUCUGCUGUUAUAAUAGGCCUGAUUCUGUUCUUACGACGGAAGGAUCAACGCCAAGAAAUGGCAAGGAAAUUCAGCAGCAGCAUCCAGAAUGAGAACUCCAGUUAUCUUGAGAAUGGGAAGAUGUGUUAUGGAGAGAAACAAGACCACUCUGAUAGUAAUGGGGAUUUAUACAAACAGAAAAAGAAAAAGGAGGUCAGCUUCUCAUUAGACGAGGAUCUAGAUAAUGUGUUUGAUAUUUCAAGUGUGUCGGCAUACAACAGUAGCAAACAUGAGGCAGAGAAGAUGAAAUCAUUCCAGACACCGUUGACCUAUGACCCCCAGACCAUUCAGACCCUUCAUCUACAUCAGCUUCUCAUACAGAAUCAAGACGACAGAAAAGAGAAAAGUCAUAAAAAGUUGAAUGUAAAGUCACCACAUGAUGAUAUAAGCGAUACAUCAGGGGAGACAACUACAAGUGACAGUGGACGUGGUGGUAGUGAUAUGGACAUGCCAAGCUGCACUAACAUACCAGAUGAUGCAAAAGCUUUCAACUUUAACAAUAGUCACCAUGGAUAUCGGUCAUCACCAGGGUCUUCGUCCUAUCUAACAUGUGGACCACCAACAGAGAAGGAGGAAAGUGACCUUGUGAAAUCUAGACCAGUGUCGGACAUAUAUACAAUAUCCUCCAAACAGAAAGACUUCAAACAUUUAACACCUCGUGAAAACUUUGAGAGGAAACAUAAUCUACAAAGUAGUGCUCAAAAAACGAGAGAUAGUGACUCUACAAGACAGAAGCCAAGCGAUUGGUCACCUUCAUAUGUGUGA